AUGUCACGACAGCCUAACCCUUCAUACCCCCGCGGCGACGUCUCGCCUAUCAUGUCGGAUGGGCAGAGCAUGUUAAGUCAAACCUCGCCCGUAUCAGAUUUACACCCCUCACGCAGUUUCCGCAAUCAUCCGUCAGGUCUUCGAGGCGAUAGAGGCUUUAACAGAGGACCACCACCACCACCACAACAAUUCAGCGGUAUCAAUACAAAUAUACCGCCGGAACCACCUUUGCAUCGCGUUAUGAACUCACCGCCAGGGAUGACAGACAACAGACCACAAAUCGAUCGCUCGACUUCGCUGCGCACAAACACUACCGCUACCCCAGGCGCGGAUAAUCUCAGUGCGGCUGCUAUCGGGGGUGGAAUCAGUGGUAUCGCAUACGACGUUGCAAGUCGGAAUCAACGAGAAAGCGGCCUAGAAGCCGUGCGGUCAAUAGGACAGGGACAACAGGGUCGUGGUUACUAUGACAGUCCACCGGAAAGAAACUAUUCGGAUUUUCCAUAUGGAGUGGCCAACGGUCCAAAUCGGCGUAGCCAGGUAGAUCCAUCUGGAGCGCAUUAUUCACUCAGUAUGCCGCUGGGUGGGACGGCCCUUGCAGCAGGCUCCCCUCCACAAGUGGGAACACCGGCCUUAUCAGCCUCGACUCCAUCGCAGAUAAGCGUCGCAGAGCUAUAUCCCCACCACCCAAGUGGCGGCUUCUACGACGGACCAUAUCAUUCGUACAACGGCCAUGAUCCUGCUGUGAUCAAUCCUAAUGACAUUGCGGACGACGGUGAUGACGAUAUAAUGGGCACUUCCCCGCAACAACAACGGCGUUCGUGGUUCGGUAAAACGUCUCAUCAAGGACUGGCUGCUGGUGCCGCGGGUGGUGCAGCUGCUGGCGGUGUUUUCUCUGCUGUUAACAGUCUCCGGGGUGGCCCGACGACUUACGAGUCCGUCCCUUCCGGUGCCGGCGGCGGCGGUCAGACUCCUUACGAGAAAUCUGCUUUCCUUACCCGACAGGCUGACAUAACCGCAGCAAAGAAACGGAAAAGAUGGUUGCUCACUGUGUUGGCAGGACUUGUUGUUGUGGCCAUUAUCGUUGGAGCGAUUGUUGGAGGCAUAUUUGGUAGUCAAAAACAUAGUGCUUAUGAAGGUGGCUCAAACAAAGGUAGUAGUAGCAGCAGUGAUCCUGGCACCAACAUCGACACCGCCGCUGGAGACACGGCCACAAAUGGUGAUUUGAAUAAGGAUUCGCCUGAGAUUGUGAAACUCAUGAACAACACGGAUUUGCAUCGGGUUUUCUACGGAAUGGAUUACACAUCGUGGGGUGUUCAGUAUCCCUUGUGUUUGAAAUAUCCGCCUAGUCAAAACAAUGUUACACGUGAUAUGGCUGUACUUUCUCAGUUGACCAAUACCGUGCGGAUCUACGGCACAGACUGUAAUCAGACGCAAAUGGUGCUGCACGCUAUCAAACGAUUGGAGCUGACGGAUAUGAAACUAUGGCUCGGGGUCUGGGUCAACUCGAACGAGACAACGACCACGCGACAGAUGGAGACUCUUUACGAGGUUAUAAACGGUAUGAACAAUACUAGUAUUAUCGAGGGCGUCGUUGUGGGAAACGAAGUUUUGUAUUCUGGAGGAUUCCCGGAUCGGAUAACUGCCCGAACAGCUCUCAUCACAUACAUGAAUGCCGUACGGUCGAAUUUGACAGCAAAGGGACUGAGUGUGCCCGUGGUUACAUCAGAUCUAGGCGAUAACUGGACAGCUGAUUUGCUGGAAGCUUCGGACGCGGUCAUGGCCAAUGUCCAUCCAUUCUUUGGUGGAGUUCCUGUCGAUCAAGCAGCGGCGUGGACACUGGAGUUUUUCAACUCUCAUGAUCUCACGUUGACAAGCGGUACGGCAAAGCAAGCAAUCAUUUCCGAGGUUGGCUGGCCGAGUGCAGGUGGCAAUAGUUGUGGUUCAGUCAGUUGUACGGAUACUACGUCUGGCUCUGUUGCUGGUAUCGAGGAGAUGAAUCGAUUCUUGUCCGAUUGGGUCUGUCAAGCGUUGACCAACGGGACGAAGUAUUUCUGGUUCGAAGCAUUCGACGAGCCCUGGAAAGUCAUUUUCAAUACUCCUGGCAAGGAAUGGGAGGAUAAAUGGGGUCUCAUGGACCCCGCACGCAACCUCAAGCCAGGCUUGAAGAUCCCUGACUGUGGCGGAAAGACAGUAUAG